UUACCUUCCGGGUAACGGUGUCGGAAACAUUUCUGGUGUGCAGAAAGGCGGAUCCCCUUUUUGCCACUUUUGUCUUUUAGAACUUCUGUAGGACCAAUUUUUGCUUGUCAAUCAUCGGCUGCGUUUGAACAUUUAAGGAAACUUUGCCACGCUGUGUGUUUAAGCUGCUCUAUUUUCAGACCAGCUCUUCGGCGUUAUUCAUAGCAGCGAUAAGAAGUGUUAGUCCACCGUUAGCGAGCUAACUUUUUACUGCACAACAAGGAAGGUGCUGUACACAAGAAGAUGGGAGAUAAAGAACUGAUGUGGGCAUUGAAAACCGGUGACAUGGACGAGGUUAAAGCCAAGUUCGUUACGUCUGAAGAUGUAAAUCGGACCCUGGAAAGUGGGAGGAAGCCUCUUCAUUACGCUGCAGACUUUGGCCAAGCGGAAGUGGUGGAGUACCUUAUUAGUAAGGGAGCAGAUGUCAAUGUUCCAGACAAGCAUGGCCUCACUCCACUGAUCUCUGCCUGUUAUGAGGGCCACCUCCAAUGUGUCAAGAUCCUGAUAGAGAAGGGAGCUGACAAAACCCAGAAAGGCCCGGACGGCUGCAGUGCCUUUGAAGCUGCUGAGAGGGAAGACAUAAAGGCUCUGCUCAAGUGAAACACCACAGUAAGGGAGGUGGCUGGACAGGUGGAUGAACAGGCUUACAGAUGGAUGCAGUGGUCCCCUGACAGAAGAUUGACUCAGCCCAUUUACUCCAAUCAACCUCUGUCUUAACACUGCUUUGGUCUGUUUGUUGGAGGUUCAUUUUGUCUGUCUGGUGAUUUUCCUUUACCUUGUAUUUUUCUUUCUAGUAUUUUCUCUUCUUUUGGCCUCUGUCUGUUAGCAGGAGGACAUAUAAUAAUCUCCCUCAGGGACCAAAUACUGGGGGAGUUCUGUUGAACCUGGAUCAUAUAACACUGUUCAGACUAGACAUUAAAUUCUGUAAGGUUAGCACUUAAAUAUGCAUCUGAAUUUCUGCUGUCUUAAACUAAAAUAAAUCAUACCGUAACAGAUCAAUAGUGUUCAUUUUUCCACAGUUUUAGUACGUGUGGCCAGUGUUUGAACUCAUGAACAGUAAUUGCACUGAUAAAUAAGACGGCUUAAAAUGCAAGGUUGUAAUGUUUCACUAAGUUAAUAGAAUGUGUAGCUUCUUUUUGAUUGACCAAACAUCUUCUCAUCUUGAACAGUUUUAAAAUACUGGGUUAUAAAAAUUGAGGUCAGAUUUUGUUCUUGUGUUUAGGCAUAUCACUCACAUAUCAAAUGGCAUUUAAAGAAUUUUACAUAAUAGAGUUGAAAUCUGUGUUUAUUUUAUUUUAUUUUUUGACCAAUCACCAUGCUGGGUUACUAGAAAGACAUGAAUGUUGCAGUUUUAAAAUCUGUUAAUAAAUCAUUUAGAAAAAUUGCACACAAAAAGGAAAUUUCAGAGAUGUUCAUGUUUUUUGUUUUGUUUUUUUUUUUUCACCUUGAGUGAGUUUUCAGAGCAAAAAUCACUUUUUCAUAGCAACAGCUUUCUUUGAUCUGUAGCUGAUGGGGCUCCAGGUGCUGAGAAUGAUGGGUAAACAUGAGUUAGAGUUGAAACUUGAUCAUGGGGCUGUUGAUAUUUCUCCUUGCCUUGGAUUUGCUAAGACGCCCUGCCUGUUUUGCUGCAUGUUAAAACUGCCUCUGCUUUUAUGCUAAGAAAUGGUUACUGUCCUCUUGGUUGCUUUCAAAUGAAUUGCUAAAUAUGUGCUGAACUAAAAGAUGCUCACGCUGACUUUGUUGUGACAAACGUCUGUAAAAAAAACAAUAAAAAAAAAUUGCAUAAAAA